CCGUGCCGCCGCAGCCGCAGCCGCAGCCACCGUCGGUGAAAAUCGUGUGAACGCGCGCGCGAACGAGGGUGGUUUUUCGGUAAAACAUUAACACGAAACUACUUUCAUCGAACGGUAUUAGGUUUUGAGCGGUGUUCUUACGAAAUACACGAAGGAAGAGUGAAUUGUGGUAAAGUGAAGUGACGCUUUGGUGCUGGAAUAUCGAGCGUCGCGGUGGCCGCUACGAGUUCUCUCGGAAGCCCAAACGGAAAUCUCUCACGAUAAUGGCGUACUUUCCGACGAUCCGUGUUUUUUUUUCUCGAAGUCGCUUCGAUUCGCUCCCGAUGUUCUAAUAUACAUUCGUAUUCACGCUUUCCGUGUAUUCGCUCACUGCCGAUUCCACGGGAAAAUAUUUUCGGACAAAAUACGCUCGAAUUCAAGUGUGAGAACUUUCUAUAUACCCGUUUUGCCAGUUUCUUUCCGCUCACCCUUGUAAUAUAUACUUAACGUGUAUUUGAGUUCAUUUUCUAAUGAGAACGAGGAUAUUCUUUCGUACGUUUUAGUGCCGCUGUCAGUGUCUCAGGCAAAAAAGACGUGGAUCAACAAUGGGCACGUUAAUGACUAUAAAAGGGACUAUACGAUAUUCUCUUAAGCCUGAAAUAGAGGCGAAGAGUCCUGCGGCGUAGACAUGGACUCGUACGACCUGUUUGGUGAAGAUGUUAGUGGCUCGAUGCUUGAUGCUCUUCCUGACCUCGGGGGGAACGACCAUUUUGACCCUGCAGGCACGAAUAAUUCUGUGGUAGUAUCUAGAGAUGCUUCAAACUCUGGCGUUAAUGGAGGAGGGAGUUACAUUAGUCAAUCUUAUAUAUCUCAAGAAUCUCCGCUUCAAAAAUUAACUUCAUUUGGCGGAUCUGAAUUUGGAAGUUCUAAUCAAUUGCAAAAUACAACACAACGCAACAUGUUUAAUCAAAAUCUUGGAACGUUUGAUAGUGGUGCACCACAGCGUGCUAUGGUGCCAGGAGCAUUUCAAAAUCAAGCACGGAAUAUGGCACCUCAGCAUAGAGGGCCCCAUCCUGGAAGUGGAGGACAAUACCCUAAUUAUAAUGAUAAUAUGUAUUCAAUGGAGCAGCAGCAUUCAAUGACUAGAGCAAAUAUGUCUAUAGACCCAAGUAUGCAAGGUUGGCCAGGUAGUGGAGGUGCUUAUCCACAAAUGCAAAGACAUUAUAAUCAAAUGGCACCGCAACCUGGUGCUUAUAGACAACAUAUGCCUCCGCAGUAUUCUCAUCAACAAGACCAAAGUGGAGUUAUGAAUCAAAAAUUACAGCAACAACAGCAACAUUUUGGUAAUCAACAAGGUAUGAUUGGAAAUAUGGGUGUACCGCAUCAAGCAAUGCAAGCUGGUAGCACAGGAAGUGUUUACCAGCACAUGGUUGGUCAACAACAGCACUACCAGCAAGGAAACUCUGUAUCAAUGUAUCAGACUUCUCCUGGCUAUCCAGGCUUUGCAAUGCAUCAGCAACAGCAACAACAACAGCAACAGCAGCAGCAGCAACAACAACAAACUCAACAACCUCCGCAAAGAAUGCCACAUCAUCAUCCAACCCACCCAAGUCAUCAGACUCAUCCUUCUCAUCCACAGCAAUAUCCUCAGCAUACCCAGCAUCCUAGUACACAACAACAACAACAACAACAACCACAAAUAGAUCCUCAAUACUCUCACCAUGCAACUUCCAUGUUCAAUCAACCACAACACUCUGGACCAACAACACAAUUUGGUACAGCUAAACAUGCUACAAGUCCUCAGUACCGUGCAACUUUUCCUCAAUUAUCACCUCAAAUGUCUCCAAGACCACAGAUGUCACCAAGACCACCAGCAGUACAACAACAAAUGUCUCCUAGACCUAUAAUGUCACCAGCCAAACCCAAUACCUUGUCUCCUCAUCCUCAUGUUCAACUUCCACAUCAGCAACCGACUCAACCAGGUGCAAUAUCUGUGUCACCUUGUCCUCCAACUUCGAUACAAAUAAAUCCAUCAUCACAACAAACUACUCUUCAAGCUUUGGAACAAAUGGUGAUACCAGGAGUUGCUGCAUCAAAUUCGAAUGUUUCAAACCCAGAGUAUAAUCAAUUUCAAGCACGUCCAACAAUGCCACAAGCCUCAAAUGUUUUAUCUCAAUCUACCGCACAAAGUUCUAUGCCUCCUAUCACAGGUCCCAGAAUGCCGAUGCCUGCUCAAUGGACGCAUCCACCACAGCAGCAGCCACAAAUAAGGCCAAACAUAAAUGAAGACAGACCUAUAGUAGAAGCUCAACCUUCAGUAUCUGAACAGAACACACCAAUGUUCCCAGUACCUGGAACAGAACCUAUUCACAGUGUUGCAGAAACCACAACUAGGGACACUGUAGAUCCUAUUCAUAAUCCGAUUGAAACACCUAAGCAAGAAAAUGAAGCAUUGCAUCAAAAUGUUCAAGAUCAAUCUCAAGAUGUACUAAAUCCACAACAGGCUGAUACUUUAAUACAAAGUAAUUCACAGAAUAAUUCCCCUUUGGAACCUACUCCUGGAAAUAUCUCUCAAUUGGAGACUGUGCAGACUUUACCAGCAUCCAGUACAAAUGGGAAUGUUGAUUGCUCCAAUGUAUCAACAUUACCUCAACAACCAGCACCAAGUCAGGUUCAGAAUCCUGUAUCCACUAUUGAAAGUCAAAGUACAUGUGAAACAAACCAGCAUAGUCAACAUUUAGAAAUAAAUUCAGUGAAUCGUCCAGCAACUAAUAAUAGUACAUCUGUACUUCCUCAACAACCUGUGGUUAACAGUCAAGUGCAGCCACAACAACAGCCCAUUAAUUGUCCACAGCAACAAGUACAACCAAUACAUAUAAAUCAACCUCAAGUAGUACCAACACAACAAGCACCAGUACAACCUCAACAACCAAUGCAGUCUUCGCAGCAACCACAGUUGAACCAAGUACAACCAUCUCAAAUGAGUCAACAACCUCCUCCACAACAACAAAUAAGCCAACCACAACUCAAUCAGCAGCAAAUACAGCAAAUAACUACCCCCCAACAACAAGCUUCAAUUGCUCAAUCCCAGCAACCCACAUUAAGUCAAGCGCAACAAUCACAGCCACAAAUUUCUCAGCCUCAAUUAGCACAGCCAUCACAGUCUCAACCAACUCCACCAUGUGUAACACAGGUUCAGACAACACAGCAAUCUCAAUCUCUUAUGACUCCACAAGUUGGUAUAAUACCACAGAAUGCUCCAAUAAUUUCAUCUCAGAUGCCACAUCAACCACAGUUACAACCUGCUAUACCAAAUUCGACUCCCCAGUUGCAAACGCAAACCAAUCCAGUUACACCAACGCAUUUAAAUGGUCAACAGAUACCUACGGUCAAUCAAACCAGUGGCAUUGUAUUACCUCCUCAUCAAACUGCAGUGUCAGUGCCAAAUUCGCAACCUACGCAUCAAGUACAACCAGGUUUCACGGAGUACACAAAUAUUCCAAAAAAUAAUAUAUAUCCUAAUGAAAUGAUUGUGGGAUCUGGUCAACAAUAUCCUUCUGGUGGAGAUAUUGUUAGUGGUAGUACUAUAUCAAACAUGUACAACAUGCCACAAAAUCCAACAUCAACAGGAGUUACAUCUGGUGGGUUUGGUACUUCUUGUACACCAGUCACACAUCACCAAGAAAGAGCAGCAUUGCAACAGCAAUUACAGGAGUUGUUCUGUAUGCCUCCGGCUGCUGAGAAUCAGGAAAAGAUUGUUGCUUUGCAGGAGAAGUUACAAGCACUGCAGCAACAUGAAACUAAUGAUCAAUGUAAUGGUGGACCUCAAUGUAUACUUCAGACUCCUAUGUUUACAGCUGCCGUCGUUGAUAGCCCUCAGGUUUCAAGUACUACUGGUCGUGGUCGUGGUAAAGGCACACCUAGAGCUAAGAAGAGCAGAAAGAAAGCUGACAAAGAAGCUAUUGCUCCAGCUCCAGUUACUCAGCAACAACCAGAACAACCAGUAUCAGACAAUCAAGUAACUCCUGGAGAUAGUAGUAAUAUUGUUGACAGUGCAGCAGACUCUGAGGACAUUAAGCCAUCUUCAGGUGACAUGGAGGAGGAAUGGAAUAAAGGCAGAAAGUCUCGACCUCCUAGGAAACCGCGUAAACCUAAGGAGCCCAAAGAACCAAAGGAACCAAAAGAACCGAAAGAACCGAAAGUUAAAAAGGAACCAAAGCCUCCAAAAGAGGCAAAGUCUCCUAAAGCGCCAAGAAAAAGAAAUAAAGACAAGGACUCUACAAAACGUAAUAGAAAAAAAGCUACUCAGUCUGAAUCAGCCGAUGACGAAGCUGCACAAGAAACAGAGGAAAUGGCAGUCUCUGAUUCAAGCGCAGUUAAGGAAGCAGAUACGAAACCGUCUGAACCGUCCAUUCAAGGUGAUCAGGAACAAGUAGAUUCUUCGACCACCGAACCUUUAGUAAUUGAAACAAAGGAUGAAGGUAAACAAAAGGGUGAGUCCGAAGACAACUCAACAGAUGAGAAGAAAGAAGAAAAUUCGGAGGCUGCACCUGUUACCGAAACUGCUACGCCUAAUAAAAAGAAAGCUGCUGCUAGAAAGAGAUCUACCGCUGGAAAAGUUUCAGCAGGAAAGUCUCCCAGAAGUUCGAAAAAACGUAAAAGCCGGAUUGCACCUGACUCUGAUGGUGAAGAAUUAGCAGCCACGCCACCUCCAUCGCCAGAAGCUGGAGAUGAUAAUAAGAGGCGUUCUGCGAGAAAUACGCAUCGUAAAAAAUACGUUGAUGAUGUAAUGCUCAGAUUCUCGGAUGACGACGUUCCUUUGCAAGAUGCUCAACUUUCUAAGAAAGUAGAAGGUGCAAACGCAGCAAAGCCUGUUUCUGUUAAGAAAGAGAACGAAGGUGGAGAGGUUGGACCCAAUAAACCGAACUUUGUGUAUAUAAAUACGACGGAUGAAGAUUCGAUGGUUGUGCAACAUAUAUUAUGUUCACGCAUGGGGAAAAGAGAAAUUAAACCACCACCGCCAGAAGUAAAGACAGAAUCAUCGACUGAGAAAGAUGAUAAUGCUUCAAAUGCAGCAUUAGAAACUAAGGAGAAAGAAGGAGAAGAUGAUGUCAAGGAAGAAUCAUCUGAGAAGAAAUCAGAAACAGAAGACAAGGAUGAGAAAGAUGUUGAAACUACUGAAGAAAAUAAGAGCAGUGAUGCUGAAAAUGCAAUAAAAGAUGAUAGAAAGAAAGAAGAUGAAGUUACCGAGUCUAAACCAGAAACGGCAGUAGCUGAAGUGAAACCUCAAAUAGUAGAAGUUGAAGAAUAUUUCGUUAAAUAUAGAAAUUUUUCAUAUUUGCAUUGUGAAUGGAGAACUGAAGAAGAGUUAUAUAAGGGUGACAAACGAAUUCAAGCUAAACUGAAAAGAUUUAAGCAGAGGCAACAGCAGAACACCAACAUUUUUGAGAAUACCGAAGACGACCCAUUUAACCCAGAUUUUGUAGAAGUUGAUAGAGUACUUGAUGAAGCGACUCAUACUGAUCCAACGAGCGGAGAAACGUUGAAACAUUAUUUAGUUAAAUGGCGGUCUCUUCAGUAUGAGGACUCUACUUGGGAAUUGGAAGAGGAUGUUGAUCCAGAAAAAAUAGCUCAAUUUGGAAGGUUUAAUAAAUUACCUCCGAAAGAUCAGUGGAAGCCCAAAAAGAAACCAACUGCAUCGGCAUGGGUAAAAUUAGAAGAAUCACCAAUUUAUAAGAGUAACAAUAGUUUACGACCAUAUCAAUUAGAAGGUCUCAAUUGGUUGUUAUUCUCAUGGUACAAUGGGCAUAAUUGUAUUCUUGCGGAUGAAAUGGGUUUAGGAAAAACUAUUCAGUCCUUAACAUUUGUGGACGCAGUUUAUAAAUAUGGGAUCCGUGGACCAUUUUUAAUAAUUGCGCCCCUUUCAACCAUUCCAAAUUGGCAACGAGAAUUUGAAAGUUGGACUGAUAUGAAUGUUGUAGUAUAUCAUGGAUCCGCAGCAAGUCGGACUAUGCUUCAAGAAUACGAAGUUUAUUAUAAAAAUGACAAAGGACAGCAAAUUAAAGAUUUAAUUAAAUUUAACGUACUGAUAACUACAUUUGAAAUAAUUAUAACAGAUUUUAACGAGCUAAAAGGAUAUAAUUGGAGGCUCUGUGUUAUUGACGAAGCUCAUAGGCUAAAAAACAGAAAUUGCAAGUUACUUGAGGGUCUUAGACAAUUGAAUUUAGAACAUAGAGUACUUUUAUCUGGUACACCUUUACAAAAUAAUGUCAACGAACUGUUUUCAUUACUGAACUUCCUUGAACCACUUCAGUUUUCUAGUAGUGAAGCAUUCCUCAAAGAAUUUGGGAAUUUAAGUAGUGAAAGUGAAGUUCAUAAGUUGCAACUUCUUUUGAAGCCAAUGAUGUUACGUCGACUUAAAGAGGAUGUGGAGAAAUCGUUAGCUCCAAAAGAAGAAACAGUCGUUGAGGUGGAAUUAACAAAUAUACAAAAAAAAUAUUACCGCGGUAUCCUAGAACGAAACUUCUCUUUCCUUGCAAAGGGAACCACGUCAGCUAACAUUCCGAAUCUCAUGAAUACUAUGAUGGAAUUAAGAAAAUGUUGCAUUCAUCCAUUCCUACUUAAUGGCGCAGAAGAUCAAAUACAAUUGGAUUACAAGACUGGUGAAAAGGAAGAUUCAGAGGCUUACUAUCAUGCACUAGUAAACAGUUCAGGAAAAAUGGUUUUAAUUGAUAAGCUACUGCCGAAACUUAAAGCUAGCGGACACAGAGUACUAAUAUUUAGUCAGAUGGUGAAAUGCUUAGAUUUAUUGGAGGAUUAUCUGUUAUAUAAAAAAUAUCCAUAUGAAAGAAUAGAUGGUCGUAUUAGAGGAAAUUUAAGACAAGCUGCAAUUGAUCGGUACAGCAAACCUGAUUCUGAUAGAUUUGUCUUUCUUCUUUGUACCAAAGCUGGUGGUCUUGGUAUUAAUCUUACAGCUGCUGAUACAGUUAUUAUAUAUGACAGCGAUUGGAAUCCACAAAAUGACUUACAGGCACAAGCCCGAUGUCAUCGAAUUGGUCAACAAAAAAUGGUAAAAGUAUAUCGGUUGCUUUGCCGUAACACUUACGAGAGGGAAAUGUUUGACAAAGCUUCUUUGAAGCUUGGAUUAGACAAAGCUAUUUUACAAUCAAUGAAUACGAGUCAAGGGGGUAAAGAUCCCGGUAACAAACAACUAACGAAAAAGGAGAUAGAAGACUUAUUAAAAAAAGGUGCUUAUGGUGCUAUUAUGGAUGAUGAUAAUGCUGGAGAUAAGUUCUGCGAAGAAGAUAUAGAACAAAUACUUGAACGUAGGACACAAAUCAUUACUAUAGAAGCAGAAAAAGGAUCAACAUUCUCAAAAGCCAGCUUCGCGUGUUCAUCAAAUAGAUCGGACAUUAAUAUUGACGACCCAGAUUUUUGGAAGAAAUGGGCGAAGAAAGCGGAAAUUGAUACGACAGAGAAGAAAGAAGAGGACGAGUUAGUGAUAUCAGAACCAAGACGAAGAACUCAAAUUAAGCGAUACGGUCAUGACGAAUCAGUUGUUAUGUCGGAUCUUGACAGUUCUGACGAUAAUAGUGAUGACGAAACGAGUAGUGGGUUAACAGGUAGAGGUAAAAAACGAAGAGACAAAUUCGGUAAGAAGACACGGAAGUUUUGCGACGAGUAUGUACCUCGUGAAGGUGAAGUGGUGUAUGGUAGUUGGGCUCGGAGCGAAUGCUUCAAAGUAGAACGAGGUCUGCUUACAUUCGGCUGGGGUCGAUGGGAAGAGAUUCUUCAGCAUAGCCAGUUUCGUCGAGGAUGGCGUGAAAUUGAUAUUGAGGACUGUGCAAGAGUCAUCUUGCUUUACUGCCUUCGUUACUAUCGUGGUGAUGAGAAAAUCCGGAACUUUAUUUGGGACCUUAUUACACCCGUAGAGAAUGGAGAAAAGGUAAAGAACGUGUGCAUUAACACCGGCGGAAGGAAUAGUAGACAAAAGAAAAAGGGUAGAAUCAGAGAAGGUAGAGAAACACGAGGAUCGGUCGUUAAUGGUGGUCCAAGUGAUCCAAAUCACUGGAGUAACGCUGAAAAGUACGACGGGGACAUAUUCCUGGAAAGUAAUUAUAGGAAACAUUUGAGUCGACACGCGAAUAAAGUUCUAUUACGAGUUCGAAUGCUUUAUUAUAUUAAGCAUGAGAUCAUCGGGGAUUUAGUUCAACACAUUUCUGAUGGCGUUCAUGUCAGUGCGUUGCGGAUAAACCCUCCACAGUUGACGGAACGACCAGUGAAAUGGUGGGACUCGCAAGCAGAUAAAUCAUUAAUAGUUGGCUGCUACAAACAUGGCUACGAGAAUUACGACCAGAUGAGGAUUGAUCCCGCUCUCUCUUUCAUUACAAGCUGUCCUCCCCCUUCCCAGUCUCAGAUCACGCAAAUCAACAGCAGCAGUAGAGAUGACACUAGCCUGGAAAAUGACAUGGAUGACGGUGAAUCUCUUGGAAUGUUGAAAGAUUUGAAAGACUCCGAUAAGUUUAGUCGCGAAACACCGACUGAUUCACCUGCUAUAUCCAAUAAGGCAGAUACGCCAAUACCAGAACCUAGCAGCAGUCAUGAAGGAAACGAUGGUCUCUUAGAUGACGACAAAACCUGGCCUUCCGUAGUCGAUCUUAACACACGUUUGCGUAGAGUCAUUUCUUCUUAUCAACGAAGCGUAAAAAAUGUAAAAGACGACGUAAAAAUACUACAAAAAUCCAAAACUGGAAUGGAAGGUGAUACGACUAUGAAUCAUAAUCCUCCUAUGAAUGAACCGCCUUUAAAUAUGCAAGGAUGGGACUUACAACAACUUGCUAUGUAUCUUCUGAAAAUGGAAAGAAGAGAAAAAAUGGAAGCUAUGGUAAAGGAAAGGGAACGUACUCGCAUCGAAGAACAAAAAGCAAAAUGGUCUCGUCGCGAGGAAAGUGAAUUUUUACGUGUUGUAUCAACUUACGGUGUUAAUUAUGAUAGAAAAAAGGCACAAUACGACUGGACAAAGUUUAAAAGUAUUGCCAGAUUUGAUAAGAAAACAGAUAAUGAUCUUACAGACUAUUAUAUGUCUUUUAGAGCAAUGUGUAAAAAAGCAUGUAAUGCAAAGUUGAACGAUGAAGAAGACGUUCCUGUUGAUCAUCUCAGUCCAGCAAAAGCGAGACAAAUAUUGGAUCGUGUGGAUCUUCUAAGCAAAAUUCGUGAGGAGAUCUUGUCUCAUCCUCACUUAGAGGAACGACUUUCAUUGUGUCAACCGUCAGGUGAUACCCCCGAUUGGUGGCAACCUGGAAAACAUGAUAAAGAACUGCUGCUUGGAGCUGCAAAACAUGGCUUAGGACGUACCGAUAUUACAAUUUUAAAUGAUCCUGAUUUUUCAUUUCAUAAAAUUUUAAAUUCGAAAAUGUACAGUAACAUCCAAACGUCUAAAAUUAUGGAUAAAUCUGAGAAGGCAAUCAAAAUUGAAAAUAGGGAGGAUAUAUUGAAGUUCGAUAAAGAUGAAAUACUCGUAAAAUUGGAGAAGGGCGAAGGCACUUUAAAAAUCGAGAAAGUAGGUGCGAAAAAAGACAAAGACACAAGUACAACAGACAAGAGAACAGAGAAUACAGACUCGGAGAAAAGUCAGGUUGAACUGACCAUUAUAAAAGCUGAAAAUAAACUUGAAGAGAAACCUCUGGGUAAUGCAUUAACAAUUACAACCGUUCCCAGAAGUACGUCCGUAGAUAAGGAGCCUGCUGCAAAAGUAAAAUCUGAAGAAAAAAGCGACUUAGUAGUAGAAUCGAUAAAAACUGAAGUUUCUAAAACUGACCAGAUUACGGAAACUGACAAAAUCGAUGAAGCAAAAGCAAAUAAUGAAACAACAACUACUGAAGAAGCAUCAGUUUCUACUGCAGCUACUACGAGUACUACUAUUCCUAAUACCAAUACUUCCGUUACUACCAAUAUUAAUAAAGAAACUGAGGAAGAAAAUCAGACUAAAGAGAAAGAUACGCUAAAAGAAACAGAAAAGGAAACCCAGGAAGUAAAAGUUGAAGAGUCACAGACGUCGCAAACAGGAAAAGAGACUGAUGAAAAAAGCUCGAUAGAACAAAAAGAUACAGCAGAGACAAUAGAAAGAUCAAUAAUAAAUACUGAAAAUACGACAUCAGAGGAUAAUAAAACAAACGUAAAAGCAGAUCCACCAGUUGUUAAAGACGAAGCAAUAGAAGCACAAGAAGGAAAAACGGUUGAAACUUCCAAAGAAAAGAAAGUAUGCAAAAUAGAAGACAAGUGCAGUGUUCAAGCGGCAGAACUUAAAGCAAUGUUUCCAGAUUUGGAAGUUAUACAACCACUAUCACGAUUAACUCAAAUUGACACAUUUGUUCUCCGUGACAAACCAGUUGAUUAUAACGAGCCUACAGUUGUACAUCUAUUGUCACACAAUUGUAAUAAUUCUGUGAAAUGGCCAAAGGAGCAUGCUAUUGAAGCUCGUUUAAUGCAUAUUGUUCAUGCAAUUGAACAUAAAGAAUGGCCAGUAUCUGUAAACUUUAGUGCUGGCGACGAAGCUGAUAUCCCGCCAAACGAAAAGGAAUGUUCUGAAGUGAUCACUAUAACUACAGAUCAUGGAGUGUCACGAAAUCCAACUCCUGGAAAUAAUAUACCAUUAUCGAAGAAACGCAAGAGACACAUUGCUAUUGAUGUAGAGACUGAACGAGCAAAACUACAUGCUCUUUUGAAUAGCAGUCAUACAACUGUACAACCGCCCGCGGCUUUAAGUAAGCCUGCAGUGUUAUCUGGAUCCAAUACUUGGGAAAUAAAUGAAGAAUCACAGUCUGAAGAAUCGAGGCGUUCUACGCCAGUUCAGCCGCCACCAGCACACCAACAAGCACGAACUCCGAAUAUACCUUUUGACUUGAAAUAUACAGUUCCUGGAAAGCCGACAGUUAUUCCUGGAACUUCAAGUACUUUAACACCCAUCGACUUGUCUGCUGGGUACCCAAAAAUGAGCACUGAUAACAGUAAGGAUAUUAUGAACGAGGUUCAAGAUUUUUCAAUGCCAAAUAAAAAUAAACAAAUUAGCAGUAAUAAAGGAAAGUUAGAUAGUAUGUUAGAUAAACUAAUGAAAAGAAAAGGCGGGCCGCCAGAUGAACCAGUCAUUGGAAAGGAGAAGAAGCGCAGGAAGCUUGACGAAAUAGUGCUGGGACUAAGCGCUGCGAAAGAACAGCAAAGUACUCAUUAUCCUGAACACAGUAAAAAGAGCACAAUAACUCCGAAUGUAACGGUCACUCCAACAUCUGCGCCUAUGGGUCUCCCGAAUCCUCCGACGAGCACCCAAAAACCAUUUUCCAUUACCGUUACUUCGAUACCUUCUUCACGAGCAUCAAGCUCCUCGUCUGGGUUGCCUCCUCCGUCUUUACAUUCGCACAAAGAUAGUUUUUCUGCUUUAAUUGCUCAAGCGGAACAGCAAAAUCGUGAAUUUAAAAAGCAACAGCAGCAGCAGCAACAGCAGCAACAACAACAACAACAUCAGCAGCAGCAGCAGUCUCAACAGCAGCAGCAACAACAACAACAGCAGCAGCAGCAGCAGCAGCAACAACAAAGUUUCAAUUCAGCACACUCCUCGUCAUCGAGUGGUCAUAGAAAGAGUUAUGAAGCAAUGAUUGCAGAUAUUAAUAAGGUUGCUGAAUACUCUUCUAAGAUUGGGUCAUAUUCGCAUGAAGCGAAAGUGAACAAAUGGUUAGCUGAACAAACUGCCAUGUCUGAACAGUUGAGUGCUGAAUAUCUCAAUGCACCUAGACGACGACGUCCACGUGUGGAUCCAUCUCUGCUAGAUUGGAAAAAAUUAACUGGCGAAGAAAAUGUUGCUGUAAUCAAUAGAUUGACGGGCAAAAAGGUUACUGGAAGUAAAGCUCCACAACUAAAACGAUUAGGACAAUGGUUAAUCGAAAACCCAAUGUUUGAUGUGGAUCCAAAAUGGGCAGAGCUGGUAAAAGAACGUGGAAAUCUUCCGCAUGACUUACAAAAGAGAUUAUCAGGAAAUGACAGAGGCAAUGUCAAUAAGGGCAAGAGUCCAGGAAGACCUCCCAUGAUGCCAAGCCCUACUAAUCAGCAAUCUGCAAAUCAAGCCAACCUUGUAGCUACGUCGAUGGCUUCAGGCCUAAACUUCCCCUCAUUGGGUAAUCUGAACAACUCUCUUUUAUCUGGUCUUUCUCUUGGCAAUUUUGACCCGAAGAACAAUCCUCUUUUAAUGCCGUUCGGUGGUUUGCCAAAUUUGGGUGCAUUGAGUGGACUAGGCAACCUCAGCAACUUAAGCAAUAUGAGUUUAACGAAUUCUUUAUUCGCGAAUCUUGCUGGACUUGGUUUACCAUCUUUAGCGGGUAUGGAAGCUGCUUUGGGCGCAACAGCGACUAGUACUGCAGCCGACACGAAUCCAGUUGUUAGUUCUGUUAGUAGUAAAAACACUGGUUCAACUAGCAUUAGCUGCUCUGGUAAAUCUCGUAGUAAAUUGGAACCACCAACGAGUAAAUCUUCGGUGCCUUCGACUUCAUCAGCAUCGUCUACGAUACCAACAACGACACCAUUCCCCUUCUUCUUUCCAAAUCCAAGUCUUUUAUAUACACCAUUGGGUUUGGGUGGUUUAAAUCCAUUCUCUAUGCAACCCGGCGGUGUGUCAUCGGCCUAUGAAAGCCUUGCCCAGUGCGGUCUUCUAAAUCCAGCGACGUCGAGUGCAUCAACGGUGCGUAAACCUACAUCGUCAGGGAAUAACUCACGGCGAGACACAAUUUCCGAAUCGACAUCAAAGCGGAAGGAUAGCGAGAAAAGAUCCAGAUAUUCCAUGGAUCCUGGAAUAGCACUACAACAGUACACCGAUAUGUCAGCAUUACACAGUGAAGAUAGGCGCAGGGUAGAGCAUGACAAAAGGGAAAUCCUGGAGCAGAAUGAUAUAGCAGAUCUUUCUGACCGAAGAAUUGAGAAAAAGAAUAAGGACCAGGAAAUGAAAGAGGCUCUGGAACAUCUAAGUAGAACCAGCGCAGAGCUUUUAACAAGAAAUCUUGAAGAUAUUCAACGGUCAAGUGACAAAAGGGGCCGUGGUACGGAUUAUAAUCAAUUACCCGAGCUGCAACCAUCAAGUAUGCUCGAGGUAACCCUUGAACCCGUGAAUAAAAAGCCACGAAUCGAAAUUGAAGUUACUGCAAAGCCUGUAACAACCACUCCAGCCACAACAAUAACUCCCGUAGACGUAUCGGCAAUUGAUCUAGAAUACGGAUCGCGGUCGUCGUCUGUUACAAUUAAACCAAAUACAGUAGAAGAGAACAAUGCUAUCACUAUAACUGAAACAUCUCUGAACACGAAGAAGAGAGAAGCUAUUGAAAUAACUCCUUCGGUAACUACAACAACAACAACUGUACCAGCAACUACAGUUACACCUACGACUACUAUCACGCCUAUACCUAUACCUACACCUGCACGUACGCCGACACCAACUCCGGCACAUACACCGACACCUACACCUACACCAGUAUCCACACCAACACCUACACCAACUUCUACACCUACACCUACCCCAGCAUCUGUACUAACACCUGCUUCUACGACUCAAGUAACGACCAUUCCGUCUGAGACGGUUACACCACAACAAAGUACUAAUAGUACUAAAGGAGACUCAUCAAAACCAACAGAAGUAGAAGAAGAUAAUAAAGGCACUAAAGGAAAGAAACCACGAAGCGGUAAACGACUCAGUGUAGAACCUCCUCCAGAACGGAAAAAUCUUCGGUCUAGUGCUGGAAGACAAGCAAGAGCAGCAGCAGAACGGCAAGCAAGAAUGGAAGGUGAACUUCAAGCUGAUCAGCAACAAGAGACUCACACAACGAGCGAGUGAAGUGACAACAAUUAAGUGAGUUCUGAAUAAUACUGGUGAUGAUAAUGAUCAAAUCUUCCGUUGUUGCGUCUAUUUUUAUUGCAAUAAUUCUGCAGUAUUCGCACAACGAUAUUUCCAAAAAAAAAAGAAAAUGUCGAUUGAUAGACAUUUAAAUAAAUGACCCAAUGCAUCGACAAUUCUUAGUUAAAUAGAGCACAAGUGCAUUCGAAGAACUUGAAAAGAAAAGAAUGAAAAACAUUUAUAGAAUUUGAUUUCUCCUUCCAUUUUAAUGGGAGAAGUGGGACAAAUAAUGAAAGCUCGCGCGUGAGCACGUGCGCAUUACCAUUACUGUCAGUGUGAAUGUAUAACAUGAAGCUGUUCAAAUACGAAGGCUGGCAAUAGUAUUUUAUCACUCGAUAUAUUGUGUGGUAAUUAAUUUUUAAUUAUAUAACUUUACAAUAACAAAGUAUAGUUUUGUUAAAUUUAUUAUUCUUUAUGAUCUUUAUUGGUUUUGACGAGGGACUGUUUUAUAUAACUGCUAUCACACUAUUGCGUAGUCAUGCAACAGUUCGCGGAUCAUUCAGGCAUAAAAUAAGAUAUAAUCAUAAUGUAGUAAAGUAAAUUUAGUAAUAACUUAAUAAAGAAAACAAGAACAGUGUAAAUAUUAUAUACAUUAUGCCUAGAGACCUUAAGCGAUCGUGUACUUUGAAAAAUGUAUAUAACACAGUGUACUUUUAAUUACAUUGGGUGAUACAAUAAACAGCUUCUUCUGUUGUUUGCAAAUACCAACAUUAGAAUCUUCGUUUUGAUAAUUAUGCUCACCUUUAUCGAAGAACAGCAUUACGAAAAAAUAAGUUGUGAAUUGUGUUAAUAGAAACAGUGGAAAGUGUGCAUGGGAAACGUGGACAAUGAAAAUUUUAAGCAUGGAAUUUUCGAAAACUAUAUUUUAGCGCAUUAUUUUGAAUUAUUUUUGUCCUAAAUUAUUAAUAAGAAAUUUUAAAUAAAAAAAAUGUUCAUUUCUACCGUAUUCUGUUUCAAAUGAUAUGCUGUUAUGUACCAAUGUUAAGGCACUAAAUGAAUACGCUUAUUUAUAAUUAUACUUCGAAAAAUACAACAGUACUAUAAUAUUAGAAAAAACUCAGUAUAAUAUCAGAAUGUGUACUUUAAUUUUUACAACAUCAAUUGUGGUAAUUUAAGAAAAUACAUUGUAAAAUAAUUGUUUUUCAUAUUUCAAAGAAUUAUUUAUGUGUAGGUUGGCUGAGGUACAAUACGCAAAUAAGUUUUGCCCGAUGGUAGUGUUAAAGUUUCAAUAUUAUCAUACAGCGUUUUUGCCUCUUCUUCAGUAACACUAGGCUGAAUCAUAACAUUUUCACCAUUCUGAAAAUUGCAAUGAAGAAAUUAAACAUUUUAUAAUCAUAAGAAUAAUAAUGAUUCAAACAAAUAGUUGAUAACAUAAAUACAACCUUCCAAUCAGCAGGAGUUGCCACUUUAUACUUUUCUGUCAGCUGAAGUGAUUCAAUUACUCGUAAAAUUUCACUGUGUCCAAAAGUCGUAACAAUAAAUAUACAAUAAUGAAAAUAAAAACUAAAACAUCAAAUAUGCAGAAAAGGAAUUACUCAAAGUUUCUUCCAGUCGUUGCAGGGUAUAAAAUUGAUAAUCUCAUUUUUUUAACAGGAUCAAUGAUAAAUACUGCCCUAGCAGACAUAGGUAUACCAUGACCAUCAACUUCUGCAGGAUCUAACAUUCCCAAUGAUGUUGCAAGUUUCCGAGAUUCGUCUUCUAUUAUCGGAUACGGAAACUCGUCUACCUUUAUUUGUCCAUAAGACUUUAUGUCCUAAAACACUCACAAAGAUACAGUUGCAUUUCGUAAAUUCUUAUUCAGCCUGUAUUGUUUAUUAUCUUCGUAAAAUGUAAAAUAAAAUUUUUUUAAAAUAA